GGGAGAAGCUAGGAAGCAGCAGCCGCGGCAUUUCUUCCUUGAGCGUUCGCCUUCGGCUGCUCAACGCGUGCUUCGUUUCAGGAGAGCCUUGGUGGCAUCUCUGUUUCAUGGCCGAGAUCUGCUGUGAGGCGGCGGCGGCGGCGGCGGGGUCGGACCAGAAGGGGGAGUGCGCCGGCAGCCGCGCGGCGCGGCGGCGGAGGAUGGAGAUUCGGCGGCUCAGGGUGGUGGCCGAGGAGGCGUCCGCCAAGAGGCGGAGGCUGGAGGCGGAUGAGGAAGACGCGGUUGGGGGGCGAGCGCCGAGGUACGGCGUGACGUCGGUCUGCGGGCGGCGGAGAGACAUGGAGGACGCGGUGACCGCCCGUCCGGAGUUCAUCAACGGCCACCACUUCUUCGGGGUGUUCGACGGCCACGGCUGCUCACAUGUGGCGACGUCGUGCGGGGAGCGGAUGCACCAGAUUGUGGCCGAGGAGGCGACAGCUGCCGCAGGCUCGUCGGUUUCGGACGAGACCGCGCGGUGGAGGGGUGUCAUGGAGAAGAGCUACGCGAGGAUGGACGCCGAGGCCGUCGUCUCCAGGGAGACCGCCGGCCCGGCGCCCACCUGCCGUUGCGAGAUGCAGCUUCCCAAGUGCGACCACGUGGGCUCCACUGCCGUCGUGGCCGUGGUGGGGCCUCGCCACCUCGUCGUCGCCAACUGCGGCGACUCCCGCGCGGUCCUCUCCAGCGGAGGCGCCACGAUCCCUCUCUCAGCUGACCACAAGCCUGACCGCCCCGACGAGCUCGAACGGAUCCACGCAGCGGGAGGGCGCGUCAUCUUCUGGGACGGCGCCCGCGUCUUCGGCAUGCUCGCCAUGUCCCGAGCCAUCGGUGACAGCUACCUGAAGCCGUUCGUGAUCUCCGACCCGGAGGUGCUGGUGGUGGAGAGGAAGGACGGCGAGGACGAGUUCCUGAUCCUGGCCAGCGACGGGCUGUGGGACGUGGUGAGCAACGAGGUGGCGUGCAAGGUCGUGCGCACCUGCCUCCGGAACAGGGCGCCGCGCGGUGGCCGGGAGCGGUCGAGCCCGACCUCCAACCUGAGCCCUAGGCAGAGCAGCGCCAGCGGCGGCAGCAGCAGCAGCGGGGACGAGGAGGCUGGUGGGCCCAGCGGCGACGGCGCGGGGUCCGAGAGCGACGGCGAGAGCGCCGAGGACAGGGCGUGCGCCGAGGCGGCCAUCCUGCUGACCAAGCUAGCGCUGGCGCGGCAGAGCGCCGACAACGUCAGCGUCGUCGUCAUCAACCUCAGGCGGCGCCCGCGAUCGUGAUCGGUGGUGGUGGCUCUGUGAUGGACUAGCCGUUCUUGGUUGGUUUGGUUUUCUGGCCCCCUCCGUAAGUUCAAAUGGGAGCCCGGUUCACCUUCGCUUCGGCAGAGCAAUCAUCAGACAAGAUGUCAAAGCGAAGAUCGAACAAAAUGUGAGAUCCUUAGCAAAAUUGCAUGCUACUUCCUUUUACAGUAGUACAGCAGGACUAUUGUUUCGUUAGCGUUUUUUUAUGGGUGGGUUGAGGGGUGCGUUUCUGAUCUGGUCGGACAGAUCAUCCCGCCUUUCUUCCCCCGGUAAAUUCUCCAAAUAGAAAAGCGCAUGCGUCUCCGAUGUUUGAAGAAACUUUACCGUGCGUCCGAGAGAUUUAAUUGUAAUAUAUAGUCCAGUGCCCCUUUCACUAGCCAAAUGCCCAAAUCCUUCCAACCUUCUCUGACU